AUGGGGUGUUAUACAGUGGCUAGGAUAAAGCUGGGGGACUACCACUUCUACGGGUACGGUACUGACUACGAGACCGCUGUCAUCCACUAUAGCCUGGCCUCGGAGCAGCAGCACAGCGCUCAGGCCAUGUUCAACCUGGGCUACAUGCAUGAGAAAGGCCUGGGCAUCAAACAGGAUAUCCACCUGGCCAAGCGUUUCUACGACAUGGCUGCCGAGGCUAGUCCCGAAGCCCAGGUGCCCGUCUUCCUGGCUCUGUGUAAACUGGGCCUGGUCUACACCCUGCAAUACCUGCACGACCUCAACAUGAGUGAGGUGGUCAGUCAGGUGGACCUGGACCAGCUCCUGGGCCCUGAGUGGGACCUCUACCUAAUGACGGUAAUCGCCCUGCUGCUAGGCACCGUCAUCGCCUACCGGCAGAGACAACACCAGGCAAUGCCCUCUCCUCCAACCUGCCAGGCCUCCUCAGGCGCAGGCCCAACCUGA